CCUCCCCUGAUGUUGGACAGGAUGUCGCCAUGGCGACAGGGUAAACAUAUGAUAACAAGCCCUCAGCACUUGGAGCUCAUUUGAAUGCUGCGACCGCCGCUGAGGGCCAGAAGAGAGAGAGGAGAGACGGAGGUGAGGAAGAGACAGAGGAUAGACAGAUAUUUUUCCAUCAUGGCUGAGAGUGCGGACAUGGAGCGGCUCCUGGAGGCUUUCAGGAAGUUUGCUGUUCAUGGAGACACGAAGGCGACGGGGAAGGAACUGAAUGGGAAGAACUGGGCCAAACUCUGCAAAGACUGCAAAAUCAUCGAUGGCAAGAACAUCACUGGGACCGACGUCGACAUCGUCUUUUCCAAAGUCAAACAGAAGACGUCUCGGGUCAUCACCUACGAGGAGUUUCACAGAGCUCUGGAGGAGUUGGCUCCAAAGAGGUUCAAAGGUCAAAGUAAAGAGGAGGCGCUGCGCUCCAUCUCCACACUGGUGGAGGGUGGGGAGCCGUCCAAUGUGGGAGUGACGAAAGUGGCGAAGACGGCAGCUGUGGACCGUCUCACCGACACAUCCCGCUACACCGGAUCACACAAGGAGCGCUUUGAUGAGAGCGGCAAGGGCCGAGGUCGGGAGGGGCGGGAGGAGCUCGUGGAGAACACGGGCUACGUGGGAGCGUACAGGAACGCUGGGACGUACGACACCAAGAUGAAGGCUGAGAAAUAGCAAGGGGGAGGGGGCAGCGCCUCCUGCUGGGAGCUGACAGGUAGUACAGCUCCUCUACAGCACUUAGUCUGGAUCGAACCUUGAACUUUGAACCCUGUGUGUGUGUGUGUGUAUGUGUCUUCAUGUUCAGACCAUAAACUCAUGGAUAUGACGGAAGUGAUGCAGUAGAGGACUCAGGACCAGGUCUCUCCAGCGCCCCCCUGAGGCAGUGAUUCCACACUCCACUGUUGCUCCAGGUCUCAGUCCAGUCCCAUUCAGACUGGGUCUGGGUUAUAGAUGAGAUCCUGGUCCAGAACCAUGAGUUCUGGUACUUCAGUCCCUCCUCCCCAGUGGUGUGGAUCCUGUCUGAAUGGGGUUUCAGUUUGUUCUUUUUGUGUCAGCCGGUCCAGACUUCAGUCCUGUCACAGCAUCAGUCCUCAGAAUCUCACUCAGUCAUGUGUCUUCAGUCUGCAGCAGCUUCUGGAUCCAUGAUGAAACCUGAACCUGAAGCCAUGUUGGUUUUUUUUCUUUCUAAUAUAAGAUUUUUUUCAGCGUCGUUCUUCUUCUGCAGUCUAAUAAUGUUGAAAUGUUUAUGUCUGCCUGAAGCUCUUUGACUGGAGUUGAUGCAGGUGCAGAAACUGGAAGUGGAAAUGACUUUAUCUACUGAAUAAAGACCAAAAACAGA